CCCACUCAAACAAGAUCAGAUGUUCAUCAAGAGUUUCCUGCUGCUUUUAGCAUUUAACUAUUUCUCUGCAGAGCCAGAGCCAUCACAACGUAUUUUCGGUGGAGGACCCAUCGAUAUCAAAGAGGCUCCCUGGCAGGUUUCCUUACAACUAAAUGGAAAACAUUGUUGCGGUGGGUCCAUUUACAGCAAGGAUAUUAUAAUCACAGCCGCCCAUUGCCGAUUCCAUCCUCGGACAAGACAAAAACUUGGGGCCGACCACUUUACAAUUCGCGUAGGAUCAUCAAAGACAUACUCUAAAGGAGCCAUUGUGAAAGUGGCAGCCAUUAAAUCAUACGAAACUUAUGAAUAUGGUUCGAAUGCCAACGACAUUGCUGUCAUGCGAUUAGCUAAACCGAUUAAAUUUACCAAACAAGUGCAGCCAAUUCUUUUGGCAAAAAAUAAUCCUGCGCCUGGAGAACUUGCGUGGAUUACUGGUUGGGGAAGAACUUCAGUACAUCCUUCUUAUCCUGAAAAUCUUCAAGGUGUUCGUGUUCGUAUUCUAAGACCGGAAAUGUGUGUUACUCAUAUUACGAAGGAUAGUAUUUGCGCCGGAGAAUAUGGACGCUGGGCGUGCCAUGGUGACUCAGGUGGACCUUUGGUUGUUGACCGUAAACUUGUUGGUGUCAUUUCGGGAGGUCCUUCAGAUUGCUCUUCCUAUGCAACGCACGUUAGUGUACCUUACAUGCUAAACUGGAUUUUAAAGGCAAUUAAAUCUAUUUGAUUAAAUGUUCCAACAAGUCUUUGGCAUUUAUCCGUUGAGGGU